UUAUUCACUGUACUUCGCUUGAGCUCCUGCAAUCAGAACAAUGACUCCGGACUGGAGGCAGUGUUAGCUCUAGAAUGCACUGCACAUCACUGGCAGUUUUUACUCACUAUAGUCGGUUUUAAAAUACUUUUCAAUGCACAAGCAGUAAAUAUGUGGAUACCGACAGAACACGAAAAAUACGGGGUCGUGCUGGCCAGUUUUCGGGGGACCCUGCAGCAUGGCCUGCCCUUGGAGAUCGGGGAUACGGUGCAGAUACUGGAGAAGUGUGAAGGGUGGUACAGAGGGUUUGUGCUGAAGAACCCCAGUGCCAAGGGGAUUUUCCCGUCCAGCUAUAUUCACUUGAAAAAUGCGCAGAUCAAGAACAAGGGGCAGUUCGAGACGGUCAUUCCGACCGAGGAUUCCAUCGUCACGGAGAUGACGUCCACCUUGAGGGACUGGGGCACCAUGUGGAAGCAGCUCUACGUGAAGAGCGAGGGGGACCUGUUCCACCGGCUCUGGCACGUGAUGAACGAGGUGCUGGACCUGCGGAGACAGGUGCUGGUGGGUCACCUGACCCACGACCGCAUGAAGGACGUCAAGCAGCACAUCACCGCCCGGCUGGACUGGGGCAACGAGCAGCUGGGCCUGGACCUGGUCCCCAGGAAGGACCUGAGCAUGGUGGACCCCGAUGACAUCAGCGUCACGGAGCUCUACAAACUGAUGGAGCACCGUCAUGGGAAGAAGGACACUGCGCUCCCUGUCAGCACACAUCACCUGUUCCUGCAGAUGAAGAGUCUGAUGAGCUCCAACCUGGGGGAGGAGCUGGAGGUGUACUUCUUCAUCUACGACAGCCGAGAGACCCGCCCCCUCAGUGAAAGGUUCUUUGUGAGACUCAAUAAACAAGGAGUGCCCAAAUCCCCAGAGAAAACUGAGCGGCACUGCACCCUUUUCAUAGACUUGGGGAGCAGUGAUCUUAGAAAAGAUGUAUAUAUUGUAGUCCACAUUAUAAGAAUAGGGCGCAUGGGGGCGGGGGAGAAGAAGAACGUGUGCAGUGUUCAGUACAGAAGACCGUUCGGUUGCGCUGUGGUCAGCAUUGCUGACCUCCUCACUGCAGACUCCAAGGAUGACCACCUGCUCAAGGUUUACGCCUGUAACACGGAGAGCGAGUGGUAUCAGGUGCAUGAGAACAUCAUUCGGAAGAUUAACUCCAGAUACAACCUCUCGGGCUCCAACACCGGCCUUGCUGUCACCCUGCAGCUCCUCCAUGGGGACAUAGAGCAGAUCAGGAGGGAGUACAUGGUGCUGUUCACCCGGGGCGUGUCCAUCACCCGGAAACUGGGCUUCUCUGAUGUCAUAAUGCCAGGUGAGAUGCGGAAUGAUCUGUACAUCACGCUGGAGAGAGGGGAGUUUGAGAAAGGGGGGAAGAGCGUGGCCAGAAACGUGGAGGUUGCUGUGCAUGUUCUGGACUCUGAGGGCCAGGUGCUCAAGAACUAUGUCUCGGCGGGCUCCGGGGAGCUGGGGGGCGACCAGUUCCACUCCUUCGUGCUGUACCACAACAACAGCCCGCGCUGGGCGGAGCAGAUCAAACUGCCCAUCCCCGUGGACACCUUCAGAGGGUCGCACGUCCGCUUCCAGUUCCGCCACUGCUCCACGAAAGAGAGGGGGGAGAAGAAGCUGUUUGGCUUUUCCUUCGCGCCCCUGAUGCAGGAGGACGGGCGCACGCUGCCCGACGGCACCCACGAGCUCAUCGUGCACAAGUGUGAGGAGAGCGCUAACCUGCAGGACCCGGCACGCUACCUCCAGCUCCCCUUCUCCAAAGGAAGCCUCCCUGGCGGCGGCCAGGCGGUGAAGAGCAGCAAGGAGUCCUUCUGGAUCACGUCCUACCUGUGCUCCACCAAGCUGACCCAGAACGGGGACAUGCUGGAUCUGCUGAAAUGGAGAGCUCACCCAGAGAGGAUCGGCGACAGUCUGUCCAAGCUGAAGGAAAUUGACGGCUCAGAGAUAGUCAAGUUUCUACAAGACACCCUGGACACGCUGUUCGGCAUCCUUGACGAGAACUCCCAAAGACACGGGCUGAAAGUUUUUGACUGCCUGGUUCACAUCAUAAACCUGCUGCAGGACAGCAAGUUCCAGCACUUUAAACCCGUCAUGGACACCUACAUCGAGAGCCACUUCUCCGGAGCGCUAUCUUACAGGGAUCUUCUCAAGGUGCUGAAGUGGUACAUGGACCGCAUCAUCGACGCAGAGCAUCAAGGCCACAUCCAGCAAAUCCUCAAGGCGACGGAGUACAUCUUCAAAUACAUCAUCCAGUCGCGCCGGCUGUUCUCCCGCGCCACGGGCGGCCAGAGCCAGGAGGAGUUCCGCUGCUGCGUGCACGAGCUGUUCAUGUCCGUGCGCUUCUUCCUGUCGCAGGAGAGCAAGGGCACCAGCUCCCUGUCCCACACGCAGGCGGUGUUCCUGCGGACCUUCCCCGCCGUGUACUGUGAGCUGCUGAAGGUGUUCAGCGUGCGGGAGGUGGCCAGCCUGGUGUGUGAGACGCUGGGCAGCCUGCCCGUCCUCUCCCAGGCACAGUGCCCCCUGGAGGCCGUCAAGCUGCAGUGCAUCGCCAAGACCGUGGAGAGCCAGCUGUACACCAACCCCGAGUCGCGGUGCGUGCUGUUGCCGGUGGUGCUGCGGCACCUUCAGGCUCACCUGCAGGAGCAGAGAGACCUGGUCAUGUGCGCCCGCGUCCUCAGCGCCAUGUUCUGCCACAUCACACAGGAGGGCAACGAGGUAUCCGCGUGUGAAGAGGUGUCGGUGACCGUGGAGAGUCUGCUGAGCGUGCUGCUGAGGACCAUCCUGGAGAUCACCAACCGGCCCCAGCCCACGGCCUCCGCCCUGCGCCUGCAGUUCCAGGACGUCACGGGGGAGUUUGUGGCCUGUCUCCUGACUCUGCUCCGACAGAUGACAGAUAAACACUACCAACAGCUUCUGGACAGGUUCGCCAGUAAAGAUGACCUGAGGGACUUCCUCCUGCAGCUCUUCACGGUCUUCCGGAUUCUUAUCCGGCCGGAGAUGUUCCCCAAAGACUGGACCGUCAUGCGGUUGGUCACCAACAACGUCAUCAUCACUACAGUUCUGUACCUGUCAGACUCUCUGAGGAAGAAUUUCCUGAGCGAGAAGUUUGAUUAUAAGGUGUGGGACUCGUACUUUUACCUGUCGGUGAUCUUCAUCAACCAGCCCUGUCUGCAGCUGGAGACCUUCUCCCCCUCCAAGAGGAAGAAUGUUCUAGAAAAGUACGGGGACAUGAGGGUGAUGAUGGGUUGUGAGAUCUUCAGCAUGUGGCAGAACCUGGGGGAGCACAAGCUAAACUUCAUCCCGGCGAUGAUUGGCCCAUUCCUGGAGGUGACCCUGGUCCCACAGCCAGACCUCCGCAACGUCAUGAUCCCCAUCUUCCACGACAUGAUGGACUGGGAACAGCGCAGGAGUGGGAACUUCAAACAGGUGGAGGCCAAGCUGAUCGAUAAGCUGGACAGCCUGAUGUCGGACGGCCGGGGGGACGAGACCUACAGGGAGCUCUUCAACAGCAUAAUACCACUGUUUGGCCCGUACCCUAGCCUGUUGAAGAAGAUUGAGAGGGAGACGUGGAGAGAGAGCGGAGUCUCUCUGAUCGCCACCGUCACACGACUGAUGGAGAGGCUCCUGGAUUACAGGGACUGUAUGAAGGUGGGGGAGGUGGAUGGUAAAAAGAUGGGCUGCACAGUCAGUCUGCUGAACUUCUACAAAACAGAGCUCAACAAGGAGGAGAUGUACAUCCGCUACAUACACAAGCUCUAUGACCUGCACCUGAAGGCUCAGAACUACACAGAGGCCUCCUACACCCUGCUGCUGUACGACGAGCUGCUGGAGUGGGCAGAGCGUCCGCUCAGAGAGUUCCUCACCUACCCCAUGCAGAGCGAGUGGCAGAGGAAGGAGUACCUGCACCUGUCAAUCAUACAGAACUUCCACAGGGGCAAGUGCUGGGAGAACGGGGUGAUUCUGUGCAGGGAGCUGGCAGACCAGUACGAGGCCUACUACGACUACCGCAACCUCAGCAAGAUGAAGGUGAUGGAGGCGUCCUUAUACGACAAGAUCAUGGACCAGCAGCGCCUGGAGCCCGAAUUCUUCAGGGUGGGCUUCUACGGCAAGAAGUUCCCCUUCUUCUUACGGAAUAAGGAGUUUGUGUGUCGGGGUCAUGACUACGAGCGCUUGGAGGCGUUCCAGCAGCGCAUGCUGAACGAGUUCCCCCACGCCAUCGCCAUGCAGCACGUCAACCAGCCCGACGACACCAUCUUCCAGGCCGAGGCCCAGUACCUGCAGAUCUACGCGGUCGUCCCCAUCCCGGAGGGCCAGGACGUCCUGCAGAGGGACGGGGUCCCCGACAACAUCAAGAGCUUCUACAAGGUCAACCACAUCUGGAAGUUCCGCUACGACCGGCCCUUCCACAAGGGCACCAAGGACAAGGAGAACGAGUUCAAGAGCCUGUGGGUGGAGAGGACCACACUAACUCUGGUGCAGAGUCUGCCUGGCAUCUCACGCUGGUUCGAGGUGGAGAAACGGGACGUGGUGGAGAUAAGCCCGCUGGAGAACGCGAUGGAGGUGAUCGAGAACAAGAACCAGCAGUUGAGGACGCUGAUCUCGCAGUGCCAGGCCCGGCAGAUGAACAACGUCAGCCCCCUGACCAUGUGCCUGAACGGAGUCAUCGACGCCGCCGUCAACGGCGGACUCACCCGCUACCAGGAGGCCUUCUUCGCGAAGGACUACGUGGCCAGCCACCCGGAGGACGGCGAGAAGAUCGCGCGGCUACGAGAACUCAUGUUCGAGCAGGCACACAUCCUGGAGUACGGCCUGGCUGUGCACGAUAAAUUCGUGCCCCCGGACAUGCGGCCCCUGCACAAGAAGCUGGUGGAUCAGUUCCACCUGAUGAAGUCCAGUCUGGGAAUCCAGGAGUUUCCUCCGUACGUGUGCUCCAGUCCGGUGUUGUUUCCUAACGGCAGCCCUCGCUCCUGCAGAAUGUCCAUCCCCAGCGUCCUGAGCCCCGACGGCCCCCGCGUGCUGACCAGACGCAGUCCGCUCAGCUACCCGCCGGUGAACCGCUACUCCUCCUCCUCGCUCUCCUCGCAGGCCUCCAACGAGGUCAGCAACAUCACGGGCCAAUCGGAGAGCUCCGACGAGGUCUUCAACAUGCAGCCCAGCCCGUCCACCUCCAGCCUCAGCUCCAAUCACUCUGCAUCUCCCAACGUCACCAGCUCCACCCCCUCCAGUGCCAGAGGGUCCCCCCUCCUGUCUGACAAACACAAGCAGUCCAGAGAGAACUCCUGCCUCUCACCCAGGGACAGAGUCUGUAACGCCAUCUACCCCACGCCCCUGGACCCCACACAGAGAACGACUCCACACCAGACAGGGGAAAACUCCUUACCCCGCGGGGACCCCAAUCUCCCUACCCCGGACAAAGUAGUGCUCCCCACCUCAACGAUCUGGAGCCUAGACUGUGUUAAAGAAGCUAACACACAGUUUUCAGACACUGUCGGGAAGUUGGUAUCGCCCCCUCUCCCGCCUAGGCCACCGUACCCAGGGUCGCCGGGGAGGAACCUGAUCUCCGCGACUCCUGCGCCUCCUCCCAGGUCACCUCAGAAGGCCCUGCCCCCCUGCACCCCGUCCCCUACAGAGGCGCACCCCGGGGGGCUGGCGUCGGGCCUGUCGGGCAGCUACAGCAGCGGCAUCUCCUCCCUGAGCCGCUGCAGCGCCCCGGAGACGCCCUGCGACCACGCCCCGCUCACGCCCUCCGUCUCCGACGAGCUGUUCCGGCACGCCAGCAAGACCCCGCCGCCCUACAGCGUGUACGAGCGGAGCAACCCGCGCCGGCCCGUCCCCCUGCCCCACAUCCUGUCUGUGGCCCCCGGGCUGCAGCCCCCCGCCCUGCCCCCCAAACCCCACCAGCUCCGCCCCGCCAAGCUGGAGCCCGACCCCUUCCCCCGGCCCCGGCCCCUGCCCAGGAAGGUGUCCCAGCUGUAG